ACUGACUCCCAAUGUGCCCAAAUAAUUUCAACAUUUUACUAUUGCAAAUAUUAAACCUAUUGUGCAAUUUUAAAAACAUUAUUAAAGAAAGUCUUCAACAAGCCACACAUAUUAGGAGUUUGAUUCAUGGUAACAGAUUUUGUUGUUAUGCAUUGCAUAUCACAUGAUCAGGUCGAGGCCAACGUGGCAAUUGACAAGUCCUAAACUUAUGUGACAGUCACUUGUCACCCCCAGCCACGUAAAGUCACGUAGCAGAAUAGGCCAUCAGUGACAUUUUGUUCAUAGAAAAUGGAGACCCAAGGAGAAGAAUCUAAGAAUCACUUUAUGAAACGAGCCAUAGAGCUUAGCCGACAUGCAGUAAAAGUUGGGGAUGGGGCCCCAUUCGCAUGUGUUAUUGUCAAGGACAACCAGAUUAUAGGUGAGGGGUGGAACCAUACAAAAUCCCUGUACGACCCUACAGCUCAUGGUGAAAUAAACGCCAUACGUAACACAUGCCAGGCCAUGAAGACUUUGUCACUAGAGGGAGCUGAGACAUACAGUAGUUGUGAACCAUGUCUUAUGUGUGCAGCUGCGAUACAUAUCAUUGGGGUUUCCAAGGUUUAUUAUGGCGUAUCCAAGAGUGUGGUCUACUCCAUAUUGGGUCACCCCCUAGAGGCCAUUGAGGAAGACCUGAAAAAUCCAACUGACCAGCGCAAAAUUCCUGCACAAAGCCUACUAUCAGGAGAAGCUCAGAAAGUUGUUGAAGAAUGGCACCAAGGAAAACAUUGAGAAACUGUGUCCCUGACAAUAACCAUUUAUUUAGUCACUUGAAAAAUCACUACCUUUCUGUACUGUUCUGUACUUACAGAAUAAAGUACUAAGACUGAAUGAAUCUAGUAUGUGAUAAUUUAUAAAACCAAGUUAAGGUACAAGCAAAUCAAACUUAGAGGGCUUGCAAAUAUUCACAGAUGUUCUAACUAAAUUAUAAUUUAGAACAUUUGUUUUUUUUUUUCUCUUCCACAAUGCUGAACACUUAUAAAAGUUUUCAUGUUUACCAUU